AGAGCGCGCGCACGCACGCACGCACGCACAGGGUGAUAGCUAGCCACGCCGCGGAAAUGGGAAGGCCGGACCACGACGGGGCUGCGUCGCCGUUCGGGGUCGGCACGUCUCCGCCUCUCUCCGCCGCGUCCUCUCCUUGGCCGCUGCUGCCGGCACCCAACCACGGCAAGACGAGGUCUGCAGGAAGGAGGAGGCACGCCGUCGUCAGGCUCAUCUGCUCGCCCUUCGUCGCCGUCUUCGGGGCCGCGUGCUCCGCCGGUGCAGCUGCACACGACGUCGACCAGGCAACGAGAAGGCCGAGCCUCGAGGAGCUUCUCAGGAUGGAAGCGUCGUCGUCGGAUCUCGUUGACCUCGAGCGGCCCAAGGAGCCCGCUGAGAUGGUCGACGCGUACGACGACGACGACGACGACGACUCCUGGAAGGAGAGCGCCAUCGUGGUGUUCGAUCUAAGCGAAGGCGGCGACAAGAGCCGCCGCGACAAGGACGAGGCGCCAUUGGCCGUCUCAGAAGAUCAGCACGGCGCCAUUAACGUGAAGGAGCCCGCGCAGGAGCUCGACGCCGGCGGUGGCGGCGGCGCCAUGCUGUCCCCGAAGGCGCUGGUGAACGUGGAGAAGCUCGUGGUCGUCCUCGCGUCGCUGGGGGCGCGCUCCAGGGCACUGAAGGGCUCGUACGGCAGGCUGGCAGCUGGUCGCCGCGUCGGCGGUGCCGAUGAUGGCAAGGCGGAGCUGUUCUACGACCGGCCGAUCCCGCUGGGGCGGAGGUGCCGGGUGCAGCACCUGCACGAGUCCCCUUAUCUGUGAACGUGACUGCUUCGUUGAGGGUGGCAGUGCUUGUGCUUUCGCUGUCGAGUUGUAUCGUAUGUCUGUGGAAUUGUGGAUGACCUACUUAAACAAACUUGGGUUGGAAA